AACUGGCGGCGGGCGCGUCUGCGCGAGACAUUGAAGGAGCGAUACACAACACACAGCCGUGGUACCAUGGCAACCUGACCAGGGACGAGGCAUCGCAAUGCUGCACAAACACAACGGCCGAGACGGAGUGUUCCUGGUCAGAGAGAGCCGCAGCAACCCCGUGGCCUUCGUCCUCUCGUUCAUCUUCCGGAUGAAGCUGUACCACGCGCAAAUAAUGCCGGUAAAGGAUACCAGUCAGUCGCCAGUCACGUGCUAUUUCUCGCUGGACGGCGGCAAGACGCGCUUCUACGACCUCAUCCAGCUGGUGGAGUUUUACCAGCUGAACGCCGGAGUGCUGCCCACCCGUCUCAUCUACUUCAUCACGCACACCGCGCCGUCGUCAUCGGCGCUUCGUCACGUCGCGCAGAGCUUCUAACGGCCGCCGCGCCGCCGCCAGCGCCACCGGCGGCGGAAACGCGCGGCUGUAGUUCGUGGCAGCGGCGCUUGGCGGCGCUGCGAGCGCCAGUGCUCGUCCAUACGCGACUCUGCAAUAUUCGCGCGUGUAAGGCGUCGCUGACGCGUCUGGGUUGUUUGGUGUGAGUCAAAGUAGUGCAUAACAUAGAGCGGACCAAAGAGAAUGGGAGCGGCGGUGGGGCGCCUGGCGUCUCCUGUGUGCGAGUACUGAGAGUGUGUCUGCCGUGUCACUGUGCGUGUUCCCGGGACCUGAGCGCGUGCCGAGGACAGAGUCCGGCGGCGGCGUGCUCCAGUCACGGGGCGAACCCUGGGCCCCCGGGGCUACAGAGUGGGUAGCGCGGUGGAGUUUGCUCGCUGCUGCCAUCUACCGGCGUGGCGACCAGGCUCUGCUGUCGCGUCUAGUCACCAGGGCGAUCGGCGACGGUCGGCUUGGACCUCCGGUUUGGAUGCCCGUUCGAGUCCACAUGGACAGCGGGCGGAUACCUCAGUACCUGUCUGCACCUGUGUCUUGGAGGGGUCGUGUGUGGCCCUGCGGCGUCAGAGGAGGCCCCCGCGUGCUCACGGGGUGGGGGCUGUCGCGGUCCGCGCGGCGGGCGGGGCGGGGCAGCUACUGCUGGCCCUGUACACUGUUCUGUUGAGUUCCUGGUGCGGCUGGCGACGCUGCGUGAUCUCACGGCCGGCUCUGCCGCCGGUGACCCAGUAUUCAGUUGCUAGGGAGCGUGUGCUGCUCGCGCCUGUUGUCCGGUCGUGUCCGGUGAUAUGUCGAGUUUCUGUGCACCUCUCGAUCAAUUCUCAGAGCUGGCCGCUGCGACUGGGCCGGGGACGUGUGUGCUACUUGACCUUUCGUAUUACUGUUUCCUUAUUUAAUAAUUUCGUCCACGCGUAUGUCCAGUACCCGAGAAAUACAAUAUAUGUAAAUAUGUU